AUGUACGAAGCCAUGGGCGCUAUCGAUAAGAAGCCUCGAAGUCUCCAAUCUCCGAACGAAAAAAGCUCCGGAUUUCCAGAACCUCGUGUGCCCGUCAUGUCGCUCUGUUCGAGGGCCGCAGUUCUCAGAAACCCGAGAUUGAAUUUGCUACGCCUGUUACCAAAAAGUACACCAUGCUCCCCGGCAUCAAGACUCUGCACGCAAUCGCGCAUCGCGCCGCAACUCAAAGUGUUCGCAGAUCUCCGCAGACAACACCGUUGCUUUUCAACAACUCGCUUUCGGCAAGAGCAAUCUACAGUUGAGCCUCUAGCGGACUAUCUACCUGUGUGUUGUCCAGGAUGUGGCGCAUUCUCACAAACAGUUGAGGCAAACGAGCCGGGAUAUUAUGGUACCUCGCGAAAGUCAAUCCGGAAGCUACUUGCCGUGAAGAGGGACGCAGUUGAAUCCCAGAAUGAAGCUGCAAACAGGGCAUCUCGUGAGAUAGAUGGCAUUCUUGCAGAGCAGAAUGGUCCUAGGGGAGAGGCAGCGCCGCCUAGGCCAAUUGAAGAUGGGGCGUUCCCUGAUGACGCUGUUGAUCCUGAGAACAACUUUCUCGGUUCUCCUGAGCAACUCACCCAGGUCUGCGAUCGUUGCCAUGAUUUGAUACACCACAACAAAGCGGUCUCUUCGCCCAAGCCCACCAUUCUAGCUAUACGAAACUACCUCGAAGAAUCGCCCUACAAAAACAACCGUGUUUACCACAUUAUCGAUGCCGCCGAUUUCCCAAUGUCCCUCGUCCCGCGAAUCCAUUGGGCUCUAAUGCUGCAGGAGCAACGUUCCCGGAACCGUCGAUCCACGAAGGAGAAAUACCAGCGUGGAAGGAAACUCCCCCCACUCUCGUUUAUCAUCACACGCUCCGACCUAUUGGCGGCUACCAAAGAACAGGUAGACUCGAAGAUGGAAUACAUUCGCACAGAGCUCCGCGCAGCGCUAGGAAGAUCAGGGAAGGAAGCCCGCUUGGGCAACGUACACAUGAUUAGUGCGCACCGCGGGUGGUGGACGAAGGAAGUCAAGGAAGAAAUCCGGGAUCAUGGCGGCGGCAUCUGGGUCGUUGGCAAGGCGAACGUCGGGAAGAGCAGUUUCAUCGAAGCUUGCUUCCCCAAGGAUUCCAAGAACUUGGCGAAGGUCGAAGAGUGGAUGGAACGCCGUCGUGACGAAAGUGAAAUUCCACAGCAGCAUGAGGCGGCUCUUCGGAAUCCCGAUAGUCUUCUACCCCCCGCCCCUCGUGAAGAUCUCUAUCCAGUGCUCCCAGUCGUGUCUUCGCUUCCCGGCACGACUGUCUCACCUAUCCGCAUCCCCUUCGGUCGCGGCCGGGGCGAGGUCAUUGAUUUGCCUGGUCUAGAACGUGGUCUACUGGAGGAUUUUGUGAAGGAUGAGCACAAGCGCGAUUUGAUCAUGACGAAGCGGGUCAAGCCUGAACGUUGCACGAUCAAACCCGGCCAGUCUCUGCUGGUCGGUGGCGGUCUUGUUCGGAUCACCCCGGUGAAUCCCGAAGAUACGGUCAUGUCGGCCAGCUUCCUGUCCCUUGAGACCCAUAUCACCAAUACGCAGAAAGCACAUGAGAUGCAGACCGAGGAACGACCAUACCGGGGGACUGUCAUUAUGAAGGAAGGAACCGGAAGUACAAUUGCCUCUGCCGGCAAGUUCGAUUUGAAGUGGGAUACCACCAUGUCAAAUCUGCCUACCUCACUUGCCAAAGCUGUGAGGGACAAGGGAAUUCCUGUGCCCUCAUUGCCAUACAAGGUGAUGUCGGCAGAUAUCCUCAUCGAGGGCUGCGGCUGGAUCGAGCUCAGUAUACAGAUUCGCAGCAAGCGAAGCACUGAAGACGAAUUCUCGUAUCCGCAGGUCGAGGUCUUCACUCCACAUGGAAAGCACGUUGCGUCCCGACGUCCUAUUGAAUGUUGGAACUUCAUUGCAGAGAAGAAGAAGAUCGACAAGCGCAACCGGCCACGAUUGAGACAUUGA